AAAUGGCUGGUGGCUCCUUUCCUUUGGCUACUCUUUCAUUAGCUUUCCUAUGUAGCUGUCUUACGUUCCAUAAUGCGAAUGCUGAUUUAAUUGGCGAUCUUUGUUCAACUGUGCCGAAUCAUUCUUUCUGUAACCAGGCACUAAGAUCCGAUCCUCGUUCUGCCAAAGCCGAUAUUCGUGGAUUAGGCCAAAUCGCCCUCGACAAAGCAUUAGCCAGUGCCAAGACAACCUUAAAGCUGGCACAAGCACUUGGAAAUGGACAAAAACCGAGUACGUGUGCAGAGGUCUGCAGUGAUGCAAUCGAUGAUCUUAACGAGUGCCAGGGUUUGUUACGUGGGAAUGAUAAAGGAUCUUUAAAUAUUAAAGCGUCGGCUGCCAUGACUGAUUUGGAUACCUGCGAUGAUGAUUACGGAGCAAAGGAACCUAUCAACCUUAAAAAUGCUAGUCAAACAACAAAAGGAUAUAUCAGUAUCAUUUUGGCGGUAUCAAAUCGUCUGUAGGGAAAGAUUAUACAUCUUGAAUGUCUUUUAUGAUGCAAUUUGUAAUUUCAUAAUGAGAGAUGACAAAUGUUUUGCUUGCUUAAAUUUAUUAUUGGA